AUGAGUUUAGAAAAUGAUGAUAAGCGAGCACGCACGCGAUCCAAGUCCAUCCGAGUGCCCACCGAGCUCAUCGGCCAGGAGGUGAGCUGUCCAACUCCAGGGUGCAAUGGCUCCGGACACAUCCGUGGGAAGUAUGCGAGGCACAGGAGCUUGCAAAGCUGCCCGCUAGCAAAGAAGAGGAAGCUCCAGGAUGCAGAGGCUGAACAUCUGGUGUCGAAGCGCAAAUCCCAUCCGCUCAAGCUGGCCUUGGACGAAGGCUACAACGUUGACAGCGACGGCAGCGAGGAGACGGAGGCCAAGGAGGAGUCCGGCUCGGACGAGUCGGAGGGGAUCCUGGAGGAGGAAGAGGCAGAGGCGGUGGAGCAGGAGGAGACCCGGAGCCCUGAGCCGGCAGAAGGUAGAAGCCCAGGAAAACCAGCCCAUUAUGGACAAAAUGCGGGAACGAGUGCGUCUGGGCCCAGCAAGGCCAACUACAGCAGCUACCAGGAAAUCAUCGCCAACUCCCUCCUAAACCUAGGCCAAAUCGCGGAGGAGACCCUGGCCAUCGAGGGGCAGCUGCCCGACGCGGAGCUGCAGGCCUCCAAGCCGCCGUCUGCCGUUGUGCAUCUGGUCCACGAGGACACGGGCGAGGAGCUAACGGAGGAGGGGGGCAAGGACAUCAUCAUCCAGACGGAGGAUGCGGAGGAGGUCAUCGAGGUGACCAGCGAACGCAGCAGCGAGCCGUGCGCGGAGCACCGGGACGACACGAGCUGUGAGGAGGCCUGCAAGCUGCAGAAGGACAUGGGGGCCGAAGUGGAGGAGGAGGAGGAAGAAGAGGAGGACGAGGAGGAGGAGGAUGAAGAUGAGGAGGAUGAGGAAGAAGAGGAGGAGGAGGAUGACGACGAAGAGGAAGAGGAGGACGACGAAGAGGAGGAGAUGGCUCCCGAAGUGAUCUGCGACGAGGCUCCUCACGCUUCUCAGGACGCCCAGAAAAGCCACUGCGAAGGGCAGUUCAGCCCGAAGCCCGAGUACUCGGUCAUCGUGGAGGUGCGCUCGGACGACGACAAGGACGACGACGCGCGCUCCCAGAAGUCGGCGGUGACCGACGAGUCGGAGAUGUACGACAUGAUGACGCGGGGCAACCUGGGGCUGCUGGAACAAGCCAUCGCGCUCAAGGCGGCGCAGGUGAAGGUCGUGCGGGAGCCCGGCCGCCUGCCCGGGGAGCACGUGAAGCACUUCCAGGUGGACGAGAAGCAGAACAAGCCGCUGGACAGCAUCCGCAAGAGCUACUAUGGCAAAGAUCCCUCGAGACCCGAGAAACGGGAAAUCAAGUGCCCGACUCCUGGCUGCGACGGGACCGGCCACGUCACGGGGCUCUACCCUCAUCACCGCAGCCUCUCGGGCUGCCCGCACAAGGACAGGAUCCCUCCGGAGAUCUUGGCCAUGCACGAGAACGUGCUGAAAUGCCCCACGCCCGGCUGCACAGGACAGGGCCACGUGAACAGCAACCGCAACACGCACCGCAGUUUAUCUGGGUGCCCAAUUGCUGCUGCUGAAAAAUUAGCCAAAUCACAUGAAAAGCAACAAACCCAGGCUGGAGAUCCUUCCAAGAGCAGCUCCAAUUCUGACCGGAUCCUCAGGCCUAUGUGCUUCGUGAAGCAGCUGGAGAUCCCUCAGUACGGAAGCUACCGGCCCAACAUGGUCCCAGCAACCCCCCGGGCCAACCUGGCCAAGGAGCUGGAGAAGUACUCCAAGGUCACCUUCGAUUAUGCAAGUUUUGAUGCUCAGGUUUUUGGCAAACGCAUGCUUGCCCCAAAGAUUCAGACUAGCGAAACCUCACCUAAAGCCUUUAAAU